AUGGCUUCCAAGAAGACCAAGCCCGGCGCCUCGGCCGCCGACGACAACCUCGACGAGCUGUUCUCUGGCAUCGGCGACGACGCCAAGGCCAAGAAGCCCACGACCAACCCCAAGUCCUCCAAACCCGCCAAGGCAAAGACCGGCGGUGAUGACGACAUCCUCGCCGACCUCGAGUCCCAGCUCGCCUCGGAGCAGACCGCGUCACGCCCGCACACACCCCGCCUCAAGGAGGGCGGCUUCAGACGCCCUGCCGCCACGCCCCCGGCCGCCGACGACAAGCCGGCCCCGGGAGGCAGCCGAAAGUCCACCGACAGCAAUCGCAGCCUGAGGGCCAGCUUCACCCCCAGCGCCACGAGCUCCGAGCUGCACGAGGCCGAAAAGAAAGGCCCCGUCGAGCAGGUCCAGCAACAGCAGCAAGCCGCUGGCGGCGGCUGGUGGGGUGGCAUCCUGUCUACGGCCUCGGCUGCCAUGAAGCAGGCCGAGGCGGCCGUCAAGGAGAUUCAGCAGAACGAGGAGGCCAAGAAAUGGGCCGACCAGGUCAAGGGCCUGCGUGGCAUCGACGUCGGUGCCCUGAGAAACUACGGCGACGAGCUUCGCAGCCGUGCCCUUCCGACCUUUACCAACAUCCUCCACACUCUUGCCCCGCCCAUCAGCUCCCACGAGCGUCUCCUCAUCCACAUCACGCACGACUUUGUCGGCUAUCCGUCGCUCGAUCCCCUCAUCUACGGAGUCUUCUCUCGGGUCAUGUCGCAGGUUGAGGGCGGCGACCUCCUCGUCGUUCAGCGCGGCCACGAGAGCAGCUCCCGGCGUUCCAACGACGGCGCCGCUGGCUGGCGCGAUGGUCCCUGGUGGAGGCAGACCGACUCUCCCCGCGAGCUAGGGCUCGUCAAGGGCAUGGUCGAAGGGAGCAAGCUGUGCCGCGCAGGUGCCGAAUCCUACGCGACGGAAUACUUUGCUGCCAGCGGCGGACUGGAGCAGGCCAAGAUACGGGCCACCGAGAAUCUGAGCGAGAGCAACCCUGUUCGAACCUCGGACCUGUUCCUGGCCGUCCAAGCCAUCAACGUCGAUGGCGAUAAGACGCUCUUUGCGCGCACCGCAUCGGCUGAGAAGGAGAAGGAGUCGUCUACGGUCAAGGAGCAAGAGGAAGAGGACGAGCAGGUCUGCUUCGCCGUGUUUGUGCUCGACCCCGUGCACGAGAUCGAGUUCUCCACCAUCAGCCAGAGCGUGCCUGCCAAAUGGAUCCGAUGGCUCGACGCGCCGACGCCCAUGACGCCCCGCUCAGCCGACGAGGGCGCCGACGCAUUUGAAAGCGGAAUCCCGGACGAGAUCAAGGAGAUUCUCGACGACGGCGGCGUGGACCCCCGGGAAUGGGUGGCCGAGUGGAUCGAGGAGACGCUGAACCUCUCGGUGGGGAUCGUGGCCCAGCGCUACGUUGCACGGAGGAUGGGCGUGGGCGAAGGUGGCCUCGGCAGGGGCAAGAAGCGAGUCGAGGAGCUGGUGCAGGAGAACGCCGGCGAGGCGGCGCGGGCAGGCAUCCUUUGA